UCCAGCUCUGGGGUCCUGAGCACAGGAAGGACCUGCAGGUGUUGGACUGAGGGCAGAGGGAGAGCUGCAAGGGCUGGAGCCCCUCUGCUCUGAGGAAAGGCUGGAAGAGUUGGGGAUGCUCUGGACAUGGCCAUGGGGGGCACUCACUGCAGCCAUGCAGGGCUUGAAGGGUCCCAUAGGAAAGAUGGGGACAGAGUGUUCAACAGGGUCUGUGGUGGGAGGAGAAGGGGGAUGGCUUUCAGCUGCAGGAGGUUGAUUCAGGCUAAAAGGAAGCUGUUGUUUUGCAGAGGGUGGUGAGGCACAGACCCAGGUUGUGCACACAAGCUGUGGAUGUCCCAUCCCUGGGAACAUCCAAGGGCAGAGGGAACAGGAUUCUGAGCAACCAGGUCUGCUGGGAGGUAGCUCAGGAAGAGCACCAGCUGAAACUUUCUUCUAGCAAAGAGCACAAAACAACCAUUGGCCCUCAUGUUGUCCCACCCUGCACCCUACUCUGAGAGCAUCCCUGUCACCCUGCUUGUCACCAGGCCCCUGACACUGUCGUCAGUCCUGAGCUGCUGCCUGGAUGUUGCCAUCCAUCCCUGCAGGAUGUCAGUUUUUGUCCCAAUGAAGGUACAGUGCCAUUCCAUGGAGGUGGGCUGGAGCUCUGUGGGGGAUGGUGUGGGACAGGGACCCCACUCUGAGGUUUGGCUCCCUGUGCAGGCUGCCACAGACACUGAGGAGAUGGAGGUGGACAUUAAGAUAGACGUGGAGGAAAACAUUGAAGCAGAUGUAGACAAUGGAGAGGAAGAGAUGGAGGUGGAGCUGGAGCUGGGGGUGGAGGAGAUGGAGGAAGAGAUGUAUGAAGGGAUGGAUGUGGAUGUGGAGGAGAUGGAGGAAGAGAUGGAGGUGGAAAUGGAGGAUUAUGCUGAAGACAUGGAAGUGGAUGAGAAAGGUGAGCAGGAGGACAUUGUGCUGGGAUGGACACCAACCCCAGGCAGGUGCUGGCCAUGCCCUGCCCGCAGGCAGAGUGGGUCCCCUGCUGCCAGGCUGGGGCUGGGCUGGUGGCCAGGGGACAGGGGUCAGGGACACGGUGCCUGGGGGUGGCCCUGGGUUCUGGUGGCACGAGCAGCACCCCUAGCCUGCCCUGUGCUUGCUUUGGGCCAUGCUUUGGGUGCCACGGCUGGGGGCAGCCCCCAGCCCCAGCCAGGGCAGUGCUGGCAGCAGAGUCCUGCUGUGCCAGCGUGUGCCAGCCUGGGGGCACAGGGAACAGCCCUCUGUGCCUGACUGCAGUGACCCUGUCCUUGCU